AUGUCCUUCCCGAGCUUCUCCGGAUCGGGAGACGUGGUGCAGAGCGGCGGUGCCUUUGGGGUCGGAUUCUUGAAAACCGGCCCUCGUACACACCCGCUGCUUCUCGUCUGCUUAAAGGAGAACGCCGGGGUAGGGAGAGAUUUGUCCUUUUUGUUUUUUUGUAGAUGUGGUGGUACAGUGGGAGCUAUUCUGACAUGUCCACUCGAAGUUGUAAAAACGCGGCUGCAGUCAUCUUCUGUGACACUUUACAUCUCUGAAGUUCAGCUGAACACCAUGGCGGGAGCCAGUGUCAACCGAGUAGUGUCUCCUGGACCUCUCCAUUGCCUAAAGGUGAUCUUGGAAAAAGAAGGACCUCGUUCCUUGUUUAGAGGAUUAGGCCCUAAUAUAGUAGGGGUGGCCCCUUCCAGAGCAAUAUACUUUGCUGCUUAUUCAAACUGCAAGGAAAAGUUGAAUGGUGUAUUUGAUCCUGAUUCUACCCAGGUACACAUGAUUUCAGCUGCAAUGGCAGGUUUUACCGCAAUCACGGCGACCAACCCCAUUUGGCUUAUCAAGACUCGGUUACAGCUUGAUGCGAGGAACCGUGGGGAAAAGCGAAUGGGGGCUUUUGAAUGUGUUCGUAAAGUGUAUCAGACAGAUGGACUUAGAGGAUUUUAUAGGGGCAUGUCGGCUUCAUAUGCUGGCAUAUCAGAGACUGUUAUCCAUUUUGUUAUUUAUGAAAGUAUUAAGCAAAAACUACUGGAAUAUAAGACUCCUCCUACAAUGGAAAAUGAUGAAGAGUCUGUAAAAGAAGCUUCAGAUUUUGUGGGAAUGAUGCUAGCUGCUGCCACCUCAAAAACGUGUGCCACAACUAUAGCGUAUCCACAUGAAGUUGUAAGAACAAGACUACGUGAAGAGGGAACAAAAUACAGAUCUUUUUUUCAGACAGUAUCUUUGGUUGUUCAAGAAGAAGGUUAUGGGUCUCUUUACCGUGGUCUAACAACUCAUCUGGUGAGACAGAUUCCAAACACAGCCAUUAUGAUGGCCACCUAUGAAUUGGUGGUCUACCUCCUCAAUGGAUAGCAUCAUUGGGCUGCUGUACUAUAAAAAGAGAAGACCAAAAGAUGAUAGUGGACCAUGGAGUAUCGAAGCCAGGAUGGUGGACAGAAGAAAAAUAGUUGGGAACGUGUAACUAUGCCUAGGUGGAAGUUUGGUUGUAGGAAUUAAAGUAAUCAUAACCACAUUACUUGGUCUUUUCAGUAAUGUGAAAAAAAUCUCAGCUGCCUCCAAGAAAAAGCUUUCAGAAGCACUCCUUCCUCAAAAUUGCCAUUUUCUCUACCAUGUCCAUGGGACACAAGUUGCAUUUUGUUGAUUUAUGGCAGUCAGAGUAUAGUGUUUAUUUCAUGAGCGCUUUUCCAGUCUUCUAAACAAAGCCAUCCCUAAUUAUAUACUAUACUGUAACUAUCCAAAGAUAGUAUUGAAAGUCAUAAAUUUCUGACUUCUGGCUUCUAAUUCAUGUAAAAUUGUAAAAUAACAAAAUAAUAGUGAGAUCCUCAGUAUUCAUCUUUCCUUGAGAGGGUCUGGCACAAUAUUUUAAUUAUUUGGCAUUAGUAGUCAAUGUUUUUGACAACCAAUGAAAUAGUGUCUAAAUAUCGUGUAUAUAUCUGGCUUUAAAAUGUUUUGGUUUUCGCUGACAGAUGCUUGAUGUUUAGCAUAAUGUGGACACUCACGUUGUUAACAUAUCAAACUCAAAUUGUAAUUGUUUGGGACAAAAUAAACCAGUAAAAUAUUGAUUCUUGGUCAUUUCAGUAACUUGAGCAUGUCUUCAUGUCUUUUCUAACAUGAUACAUGAAUGCACUUGAUUUUUGGCAAUUUAUUAGUUAUGAACUUGAAUUAUCAUGUGUCAUACCCAGGUAUCAUUUUCUUAAAGUGGAAAAAAUUUACCACUUGUGAAUCUUUCUCUAUUUGCUUUCACAUUAAGAAUUUGAAUCUUUGAAUUAUUUCUGGAAGAUCUAUAUAGAUUGCAUUUGUUUUGUAGAGAAAAUGGUGAUUUUUAGCUUUGCCCAUUGCAAGUUUUGGGGUUUUUUUUUUUAAGGCAACAUAAAUAUCUGGGGCAAUAUGAACUUUAUAGAAGAGGGCCCUCUGCUGUCUGAUUGAGCUGGUAGUGAUCCUAAUUGACUUCAAGUUUUGUAAAUGAACAAACCGCGUUUGACAAGAAAUUUAUUCUGUCCCAAUUUCUUGAAUGGUAACUCAUAGAAAGAGUCAAGUUAAUUCAGAUUAAGUGUGCUAACAGGAUAUAGCUUUUACAUUUUGCUGUUGAGUUCAGCUGCACCUUUUAAUUCUUUAAAUGUAUUCUGUAUGGCCUUAUAUUGUAAAGAUGUUUGCUGUAACUAUGGAGACUUUUGCUUGUGGGUGUUGCUGUACUAGUGUAUAAAAUUUCUGCAGUUAAGCUCCAGCGUAGUACUCACUUCAGUAUACAUGAGCGUACGUUUUGUGCAAUGGCUCUAUCUUGAGAAUGACUCUUUGUGGAUGCACCGUGUGGCCUUUUUUGGGGGAUGAGAGUAGAGAGAACUCCGUGUUAAGAUGAUUUUUUUCAAACAUUGGUCAUGUAUUAGGCAGAAAUAGUGUUCAUAACAUUUUUCUGGGUUUUAGAUAUGUUGUUUUGGAGAUCUUUAAUAUAAACGUUUUAAGUAUUCUACGUACACUGUAGUGCCCCUAACGUAGAAAAUUGUAGCAUGUCAUUGCAAGUUUUUUAUGGUGUCACCGAAAAAACAUAGCGCCCUCUUAAAUUCCUCCACCUGCUUCACUUCCUGAAAAUCAACAGUAGCUGGAUGUUUUUGAGGUGCUUCAAUUGGAAUUAAAAAUAUUCCAACCUAUAUGGAGACCAAAGGCAAAUUUAGUUUCAUUACCUUUGGAAUUAUUCGUACCUUUUAUGGUGAACUUCAGCUUUGAUAUUUAUUGUGAGGAACAUGCCAAAAA